AAACCACACACACCACAGCACUAAAGUCUAUUCAUCUCUGGCUCCCCAAAUUCAGCUGAGCACUUUUUCCCAUCAUGGAUAAGAACUACGGUGAACUCUACAACAUCCUCGGAUGGGGUGAGGAGUACUUCGCGGUGAACACGGAGGGGCACCUCAGCGUGAAGCCUUUCGGCCGCUGGACGGAGCCCGGGCAGGAGAUCGACGUGCACUCGGUCAUCGUGGAAGCUCUAGCGACCCAACCCAACGACAGCACCAGCAAAUCUCAGUUCCCCAUGAUCCUUCGCUUCCCCGACGUGCUCAAGAACCGUAUCGAGACGCUCCAUAACGCAUUCAACAGCGCCAUGGAGUCCACCGGGUACACGUCCAGGUACCAAGGCGUGUUCCCGAUCAAGGUGAACCAGAACAAGCACGUCGUGCAGGACAUGGUUAGGUUCGGCCAGCAAUGGAACUAUGGGCUCGAGGCUGGCUCCAAGCCAGAACUGCUCAUCGCCAUGAGCUGCCUCCCCGUCACCGAAGCCGAGCCCAAGCCGUACUUGAUCUGCAACGGCUACAAGGACGCGGACUACAUCGCGCUCGCGCUCUCGGCGCGGGCCAUGGGCCUGAACCCCAUCAUCGUGCUCGAGAUGGAGGAGGAGCUUGCCAUCGUCCUCGACCAGUACAGGAAGCUGCAGCAGAAGCUGCCAGACGACGAUGCCGUGCGCAAGAAGUUCGAGCCGAUCAUCGGCAUCCGCGCCAAGCUUCUCACCAAGCUACCAGGCCACUUCGGUUCGACGGCCGGCAAGCACGGCAAGUUCGGGAUGCUCGCCGACCAGAUCUACGAGGUGGCCGAGACGCUCGGCAAGGAGGGCAAGUUGCACUGGCUCCAGCUGCUGCACUUCCACAUCGGCUCCAUGAUCCCGACGACGGGGAAAGUGUACGACGCGGUGAGCGAGGCCGCUGGCAUCUACUGCAACCUGGUGAACGAGCACGGCGCCAAGUGGUUGGCCACGCUGGACUGCGGCGGCGGGCUCGGGGUCGACUACGACGGGACCCGUUCAGGCGACUCCGACAUGUCGGUGGCGUACGGGAUACAGGAGUACGCCUCCGCCGUCGUGCAGGCGGUGCGGCUCAAGUGCGACUACAACGGCGUCGCGCACCCGGUCGUGUGCACCGAGAGCGGGCGCGCCAUGGCGUCGCACCACUCCAUGAUCAUCCUCGAGACGCUCUCGGCGAUCCCGGAGCCGCAGGACGAGGACACCUCCGAGCAGCUGUUGAACAGGAUCCAGGACCUAUCUUACAAGCAGCCGAGAGCUCCGGUUGGCGGCGCCACGGCGGCCGUUUACUCUCACGCCGCAGACCUCAAGAAGCACGGCAUCGAGAUGUACAAGCUUGGCAAGAAGCUCGGCAAGAGGGUCGUCGCCGAUGCCAACACCGUCUAUAACUACCACAUGAACCUCUCCGUCUUCUCGCUGUUGCCUGACUUCUGGGGCAUAGGGCAGCUCUUCCCGAUGAUGCCGGUGAGCCGCCUCAACGAGGAGCCGACUCUCAAGGGCACGCUGGUGGACAUCACCUGCGACAGUGACGGGAAGAUCGAGAACUUCAUCAGCCGCGAAAACACAUUGCCGCUGCACCUGUUCGAGCCGAGCCUCGGUGGCUACUACGUGGCCGUACUCGUCUCCGGGGCGUACCAGGAGGCCAUUGCUGGCAAGCACAACCUGUUCAGUGGCCCAACCCUCGUUCGUGUCAAUAGUAGCACUACAAAAGAUGGCGGCUUCGAGAUUGAACGCGUUGACCUGGGCCCAGCUGCGGAUGAGAUCAUCGGCAGCAUGAGGUACAGCGUCGAGGAAGACAUUAUCACCGUCAUCGAGAAGAAAGCCAAGGGGACAGAAGAAGAAGAACGUGUGUGGGCGUGGGAGAUGGUGGAGCCACUCAUGACCAAAGCGCUCACCACCAUGCCCUACCUCAACGAAUACAAGGUCCCUGAACCUGAACCUGAACCUGAACCCAUCCCUUGAACUUCUGCACUGCAGAGUCUCCGGAUUUGGCUGCGACUGCGAUCAUAUAUACAAUAAGAACUGCCUGGUUGAUGAUGGAUAAGCAGAUAACGAAAGCAGCCUACGUAUGUAUGUUUCCCUUUUUUGAGUUUACCCUGCUCGCUUGCAUCUUGUUAUUGUACGUGUUAUCCAAUAAAUAAAACAAGCUUCACUGGUGUGUUUAAUUGCUA